UAGUGCGUCGCGUUUGCUCUGCGAGGCAGCUGGCAAAAGCGGAGUUACGACUUUCGGUUCGUCUAUUGGCCAACAAGUUUGCAAGCUAGCGUGACGCUUUGAUGUUUCAAGUGGAAGUGGAAGUGCCACACCAACACAACCAAACGACGACAAAGUAUUGAAAGGCUUCGAAAAAAGAAAAUAUGUCAAGCAUACGGAAGACCACAGUGGCGCUGAUAAAGCGCAGCAGCUACUCCGCCACGUCGACGCUGUUGCCCAGUGCCGGAGGCGGGGCUGCCGAUGCAGCCGCACCACAUGAUGGCGUGGGCGUGGCAACGGAAAUUGAAAAAUCCCUGGCGUCUGGAGCGAUGCAGCGACAGCGACAACAGCAGCAGCAACAAAAGCAGCGAAUGAAUACUGCAAUCAGCAGUAACACAGCAGCAGCAGCAGCAGCAGUAAAAGCAACAGCAACAAAAGCAACAACAGCGAAAACUGCGUCUGCUGUGCGUCCCUAUGCGGAGGUGCCUGGGCCUUAUCCGUUGCCAUUGAUUGGCAAUUCCUGGCGCUUUGCGCCGCUAAUUGGCACGUACAAAAUUAGCGACCUCGACAAGGUAAUGCACGAGCUGCAUAUCAACUAUGGCAAAAUGGCCAAAGUGGGCGGACUUAUUGGACAUCCGGAUUUGCUGUUUGUGUUCGACGGCGACGAAAUACGCAAUAUAUUCAAAAAGGAGGAGGCCAUGCCGCACAGACCCUCGAUGCCAUCGCUGCGACACUACAAGGGUGAACUGCGACGCGACUUCUUUGGCGAUGUGGCUGGUCUAAUUGGCGUGCACGGUCCCAAGUGGGAGGCUUUUCGCCAGGAGGUGCAGCAAAUACUGCUGCAGCCGCAAACGGCCAAGAAGUACAUACCGCCGCUGAAUGAUAUAGCCAGCGAGUUUAUGGUGCGCAUAGACCAGAUGCGCAACGAGCGGCAGGAGCUGCCCGACAAUUUUCUGCACGAACUGUACAAAUGGGCGCUCGAAUCUGUGGGUCGCGUCUCGCUGGACACACGCCUGGGCUGCUUGUCACCGGAGGGCAGCGUUGAGGCGCAACAAAUUAUUGAGGCCAUCAAUACGUUCUUCUGGGCGGUGCCAGAACUGGAGCUUCGCAUGCCGCUGUGGCGUCUCUAUCCCACCAAAGCCUAUCGCAGCUUUGUGCGCGCCUUAGAUCAAUUUUCAGCCAUUUGCAUGAAGAACAUCAGCCAGACGAUGGACAAGGCCGACAUGGACCAGGCCAGCGAUGUACCCAAAAACGAGGCAGACAUCUCCAUUGUGGAGCGCAUCGUUCGCAAAACAGGCAAUCGCAAGCUGGCAGCUGUCCUGGCCCUGGAUCUGUUUCUCGUGGGCGUCGACACGACCUCGGUCGCCGCCUCGUCGACCAUUUAUCAGUUGGCCAAGAAUCCAGAGAAGCAGCAGCGCUUGUUUGAGGAAUUGAAACGUGUGUUUCCAACGCGCGAUGCCCAAAUCAAUCAGCACGUGCUUGAGCAGAUGCCGUAUAUGAGGGCGUGCGUCAAGGAGACGCUGCGGAUGAAGCCGGUUGUCAUUGCAAAUGGACGCAAUUUGCAGGCGGAUGCAGUUAUCAAUGGCUACCAUGUGCCAAAGGGCACUCACGUCAUCUUUCCACAUUUGGUGGUGUCAAAUGAUCCCACAUAUUUCCCGGAACCCAAACGUUUUCUGCCCGAGCGUUGGCUCAAACAGGGCGCAGCUGAAGGCUGCCCGCAUGCUGGUCAAAAGAUACAUCCGUUCGUUAGCCUGCCAUUUGGCUACGGUCGUCGCAUGUGCGUGGGUCGACGUUUCGCCGAAAUCGAACUGCAUACGCUGCUAGCCAAGAUCUUUCGCAAAUACCAGGUAUCCUAUAAUUCCGAUGAAUUCGUUUACCGCGUCAAUUCCACGUAUAUACCCGAAUCGCCGUUAAACUUCAAAUUGACGCCACGCGAAGAGUAGGAGUAAAGGAGCAGCAGCAGCAGUGGCCGUUGAGGAUUUGCAGCUGUCAGACCACGCGGCGGCUGUGUGAUAUUUUUAGCAGCACGCAUAUUUUUAUUGUUGUUAUUUGCUGUUUGCUGUUUGCUUUUCAUUUGCUUGGCUGUCACGCGCUUCUCCUUUUCUUAAUUAAGCAAAUGUAGCUGAGCCGGGACAGCUACAGCAACAGCAACAGUAGCUUUGUACAUACGCACAUACCAUAUAUAUAUAUAUAUAUAUAUAUAUAUCUUUGUUUAUGUAUUCGUGUUAGUCAUCAAUUCUAGUUUUACUGUACGCCACCAAAA